ACUGACCCUUAUACAGCGCGGACCUGGACAUGCAAGGUAGUUCGCCUCCCUGCUGGCAGAAAGUCCCGAGGUCUCCAUCCACUGGCCCUGGUAACCCUGCGAAGCACUCGGCCAGCUCCGGGAAAAGUCCCGACUGCCCGACUUCAAGCUCCGAAUUCCCCAAGCACAACCAGCAAUUGCCGCUCUGGGGGCCAUUUCUGCCCGAGGCGGAGAGACGUGGUAAGCUCUUCGCCGGAGUGAAAAGCAGAGAGCUGCAGCUGGGCCACGAUACCAACCCAGGGCCGUCAUGAAGAGUUUGUGCCCUCCCGCCGAGCACCACAACAUGGCGACAGCGACUCUCCCAGCGCUUCCAUUAUCGCGGCAGGCCAUCGUGCAGUCGGCCAACCCCGGGUCCUUUGAGCUGUGCACCACUCUACCCAUGCCGGACGUCUCGCCCGACCAUGUCCUCAUCAAGGUGACCGCAGUGGCGGUGAACCACUGCGACUACAAAAUGCCGGCGCGCGUCCCUUGUCCCGGCACAGCCAACGGCUGCGACUUUGCCGGCACCGUCGUGCGCCUCGGCGAGUCCGUAGCUCGCACGCCGAGGGGGCUGCGGAUCGGCGACCGCGUUGCCGGGGCCCAGAUGGGAAACCAGCGCCGCCGGCCCGGGUCGGGUGCCUUUACCGAUUACAUUGCUGAGAAGCCCGAGAAUAUGUGGCGCGUGCCCGAGCACCUCUCCUUGGAAGAGGCGGCUUCAAUAGGCUGUGCCGUGACCAGCAGCGUGGGGAUGGCGCUCUGGUGGGUGAUGAAGCUGCCCGGGACGCCCGAGAAGCCCACCGCGGACCCCAAGUUCUUUCUUGUCUAUGGGGGCUCUACUGCCAGCGGUACCCUUGCCAUCCAAUUACUGAAGCUGUCGGGCUACCGAGUCGUCACGACCUGCUCCCCAAAGAACUUCAAGCUUGUCGAAGAGUACGGUGCCGAGAAGGCCUUUGAUUAUCGCUCGCCGACGUGUGGGGAGGACAUACGGGCAUACACCAAGAACACGCUGGAAAACGCGCUGGACAUCAUCACGGAAGCGCGAACCAUCCGCCACUGCUACGCAGCCAUCGGGCGUGGUGGCGGCAGAUACGUUGGCUUCGAGCUCCUACCCGAGGACCUGAUGGCCACGAUGCGGAAGGCUGUCAAGGCUGAGUGGGUCAUGGGGCUCGAGGUGACCGGGGUGGAGUUGGAACUACCGGGAGGGUAUUAUCGCAAGGAAAACCCCGAGCUGCACGCCUGGCUUCAUGGGUGGAUCAGACGCUUCUCCGCCUUGUACGAGACGGGAAGAUUAAAACCACAUCCCAUACAGGUGAAUCGGGGCGGACUGGCAAAGGUGAUUGAUGGCAUCGGGGCUUUGUCGCGCAAGGAGGUCUCGGCCCAGAAGCUGGUGUAUCCCCUGUACGACUAGGUAGGUCAUCUCUAAUCGAGUUUGGGGCAAGUUCAAACACCAGCGAUGGUCAAGUCAAGGUGCGCUGAGGAAGGCAACUUGAAGCCCAGUGAGAGAUAGCAUAAUUAAAAGCCU